GCAACCGAGCGCACCUCUCUCACGCAGAUGUAGGAACAGGAAGUUUGGGAACAGGAAAAAUCUCUGAGACGGGAAGGACAGUAAAGAUUUUUGGAAGAUGAGCCGAAUUUAUCACCACACGUCUUUGCAGAACAAGCCGGUACACAAUGAGAAGUUUGAGGGUGUGUGGUCACCGUCUGAGUUUGAAAGUGGUCCCGGGGUUCUUCUAGAAGGAAAACUGCUGGAUGUUUCUAGACAUUCCAUCAGUGAUGCCAAAAGUCAAAAGGUCCGCUUCUAUGUACUGUACAUCAAGCCCGGCCGAAUCCAUCAGAGGAAGUUUGAUGCCAGCGGGAAGGAGGUUGAGCCAAACUUCAGUGACACAAGAAAAGUCAACACUGGCUUCCUCAUGUCCUCCUACAAGGUGGAAGCUAAAGGAGAGUCAGAUCGUCUGUCUGAUGAGCAGCUUUCAGCAAUAGUGAACAAACCUGAGCUGGCUAAGAUAACUGACAAGCAUCGACCCGCCGGGACGUGGGCCUUCUGGUACCCAGAGUCAGAGAUGGACAAAACAGAGCUGGAAACAGGACAGGAAGUACGGCUGAAGACCAGAGGAAACAGUCCUUUCAUAUUUUCUUUGGCCAAAGUGGACAGUGGGACAGUGACCAGGUGCAACUUCGCUGGAGAUGAAAAAGCUGGAGCCUCGUGGACGGACAAGAUUAUGGCCAACAAGGCGGACGUCAGCAGCUCUCAGAAGCCCGGAGGAGAAGGAGCAGACGAAGAUGAAUGGGAUGAUUGAGGAAACCGCCUCUCCCCUUCAUCUGUAAUCUUGGCCCUGAUCCAGUCUCCAGGGUGGACAUUAAAUACAUUUAAGUCUGACAUUCGUGGCCUUUGGGGCUCUGCAGUAUAGGACUGGACCUGCUAUGUUUUGAAAACGGCACUCCUCUCUUUAUGUAUUGUUUGACUUGGAUCCCGUCAUCUAUACAACUGGGAGAACCCCACAUACUCGCAAACACACCCAUACCCUGCUUUUAAUUACAGUUGCAAAAUCCACAUUUUCAGGGUAUUGUAAUUCAUGUCCCCUGUCUUUGCACAUAAACAGCUGUUUCCUGUUAUAAAGCACCAUCAUCUCGGUACACAGAGUUCUCUCAAAAUCUGUAUCUGUUCCUCUUGUUUCCCUGUUUGUAUGUUUUAUCCAUGUAAAGAAUAAUGGCCAGGUAUGGUGUUGUGGGUGGGGCUUUUUGGCCUGGGCUCAUUCACUUUUAUAAUGAAUCCAUCCUGAAAACUAAUCUAAUCUAUUUUCUAGUGGCUGUAGCUCAGGAGCCUGUUACCCGUUUUUAUGACCAUUUAAUAUGAAUACACAGAAAAACUUUAUUAUUAUGGGGAAACUAACCAAUCACAACAGGCCAUUUUUUGUUGUUCAGUAUCUGAAUCUAUGAAAAUACUUCCCUGACCAGAAGUUUUUCAGCAGAAGACGAAGUUUGAUUUUUAAUGUUUUUUUAAGAAGAAGCAGAAGAACCAUUUUGUUGGCUUAAGCUUAAUAAACCGACUUAUAUACACUGG